ACUGUACAUCCGAGGACACGCGGAAGAAACGACUUGAACCACGUGACGACAUGAAGUGAUAAAUAGGCAAGCCUCUUUACGAGGAAAGAGACAGCCCUCUCAAACUCGUUCCGUCCCAGCGUCAUUGGACCUUUUUCUAUCAAGGAACCAUGUUUAACUGUAUGCUGCUCGCCUCCCUUUGUCUGACGGCGGCGGCAAUGUUUGACACUGAGUUUGACCUCCCCUGGGCAAUGUGGAAAAGGACCCACAACAAGAACUAUGAGACCCAGGUGGAAGAGGUGGGCCGCAGGGAGCUGUGGGAGUUCAACCUGAAGAUGAUCAGUGUCCACAACCUGGAGGCGUCCAUGGGCCGGCACACCUACCGCCUCAGCAUGAACCACCUGGGAGACAGGACAAGAGAGGAGAGACUCCGGUUGUUGGCUAGGAUGCAUAUUCCCUCUGACCACCAGAGGGCGCACACGGCCUUCCAGGGAGCAGCCAGCGAUCCUUUGCCAGAUAGCCUGGACUGGAGGGACAAGGGCUACGUCACCAAAGUUAAAGAUCAGUACUUGUGCGGGUCCUGCUGGGCCUUCAGUGCUGUGGGGGCCCUGGAGGGCCAGCUGGCCAAGACCACCGGGAAGCUGGUGGACCUAAGCCCUCAGAACCUGGUGGACUGCUCCGGCCGCUUCGGGAACCACGGCUGCUUGGGGGGCAGCAUGCACCAGGCCUUCCGCUACGUCAUCGCCAACGAGGGGAUAGACUCUGAGGAGGCCUACCCCUACCGGGCCAAAGGUCAACAGUGCAUGUACACCGCGGCGUCCCGCGCAGCUAACUGUUCCGGCUACAUGAUCCUGCCACAGGGCAGAGAGGAGUUGCUGCAGCGCGCCGUGGCACUCGUGGGACCCAUCUCCGUAGCGAUCGACGCCUCCCAACAGAAAUUUGCUUUCUACGAGAGCGGGGUGUACAACGAGCCGACGUGCACCCAGAAGGUGAACCACGGGGUGCUGGUGGUUGGCUACGGGACGCAGGACGGCCAGGAGUACUGGCUGGUGAAGAACAGUUGGGGAAAAGGCUUUGGAGAAAAGGGGUACAUCCGAAUGUCUCGUAACCAGGGCAACCAGUGUGGCAUCGCUGUGUACUGCUCCUUCCCCAUUAUGAACAAAGAAACAAACUAAAUGGUUUUGUGUUAGCUUAGCAUGCUUCCUAAGGAGCAUUUAUUUUUAAACGUUUCUUUUUCCAGUUAAAAUGUUGCACUCUAAAGUUUACAGUGUGGAGGUUUUAAAAUCAAAUAAUUCUAGAUACUUUUUUAUAAUUAUACGUGAUCCAUAAACAUUUCUAACGAUGUCAAAUUCAAUUCUAUAACCGUGUUUGCCUUGCCAAAUGUUAUUUGAUUCCAUGCGGACUCGUGUCAGUUCAACUUUGCGUGACCGUGCAUGGAUUAUUGUGAAUAAUAAUGUCUGCAUGUAUGUGGAUAUUUGCUCCUUGAUGUAAAUGUGUAUCUAUGCAAAUAACGUUUGUGAGCGUGUGGGUGAGAUGGCCUCCGUGGACGUGCACUGUGAAAACAACACAUAGCCUACAAGACGUCCAGUGAUGCCCACAGUGCAUGUAUCUGGUUGUAGUUUGAACAAAAGUAAACAAACCAAACAGUGAUUGGGUUACAAAUGAGUCAUUUUUUAUUUAUUUUUUUAGUGCAACAUCACAACAAACAAUUUUCACAUGAGGUAUUCAAAGGGCUUUUCUUUAGUUGCUGAUACAAAAUGUCCCACCAUGAUUGACGUUUAAAGUGUUGUGUAUCUUUUCUUUUUCUUUUUUUUUUAAAGCCUUUGGUUUGGUUAGCCACAUUCAUAGGUAAGUCUAUAACACAUGGACGAGAAAGAUCACAUUUAGCAUGGUGGGUGGAGUCGGAGUUGAGGAAACUCAGGACUUAGUCAAAUAUAAUAUUUCCCUCAACUCUU